GCAUCUAGCUGGAAAGACACACCGGGGAAAGCGGCGGACGGGGAGUACCGAGCCCGCGAGUGUAGGACACCUCCUUCCCCCUCCCCGUAAUAGUAGGGGGGGACUUCCCUGUCUGGUAGGGGAGACACGCUAGGAGCGGAGCAAUUCCAUUAUCUCUGUGGAGCUCAGGUGGGAUAUUCCCUCCAGCACCUGAUUACUACACCUGUCUGCUCACUUCCAGCCCAGAGCCCCCAGAUUUAUAUAGGAGUAAGGGAACCCCACAGGAGAGGCUGCUGACUUCAUAUUCUUGGAGACUCCCAGAAGACCCCCCCCCCCCAUUACCAGAGUCCUGCCCCCCCUCCCAGUACACCUCUUUCACUGGGGACCACCAGCCCCUCUUUUCCUGGAGAUCUUCUGAGGACCACCCUCACCCCUGGAGAUCUUCUGAGGACCACCCUCACCCCUGGAGAUCUUCUGAGGACCACCCUCACCCCUGGAGAUCUUCUGCGGACCACCCUCACCCCUGGAGAUCUUCUGAGGACCGCCCUCACCCCUGGGUGCAGUAUCGGCACAGUUGAAGCCCCCCAGUUAUACAGUGGACAGGCUGGGGGGGCGUUAUGCCUGUGAGGAGUAGGUACAAUCUGGUGGAUGAUGGAUGUGACUCUCGAAUCCCCCUCCAUAAUGAGGAAGCCUUCCAACAUGGCAUUCACUUCCAAGCCAAGUAUAUUGGCAGCCUGGAUGUCCCGAGACCCAACAGCCGGGUGGAAAUUGUGGCAGCCAUGAGAAGGAUAAGGUAUGAGUUCAAAGCCAAAAACAUCAAAAAGAAGAAAGUCGGAAUCACAGUGUCCCUGGAUGGAGUUAAAGUAGUGAUGAGAAAGAAACAGAAGAGGAAGGAAUGGACAUGGGAUGAGAGUAAGAUGCUGCUGAUGCAUGACCCCGUCUACAGAAUAUUCUAUGUUUCACACGACUCGCAAGAUCUAAAGAUAUUCAGCUAUAUUGCCCGGGACGGUGCCAGCAACACUUUCAAAUGUAACGUCUUCAAAUCUAAGAAGAAAAGCCAGGCAAUGCUGAUUGUGCGAACAGUUGGACAGGCCUUUGAAGUGUGCCACAAAAUGAGCCUCCAGCACGCCCAUCAGAAUGCAGACGGACAGGCGGACGGUGCCAGUGAUAAGUCCCUGGAAGAGGCCAGACUUGAAGGGCGACAGCUGACAGGAGCAGAAAAUAAAGAUACAGAAGAAGCUGAUGGAAGUGUGAACAGAGGCGCCGCAGAGAAAAGAACCUGUGAACGCACUGUGUCUGCGCCAGACCUGGGCCUUGUCAAAUGUCUGACAGUGCUAAAAGAACAAAAUGGUCAGGAUAUUGAAAAUUGUUCCACCUACUCCUCGCUGUCCCAGAAAUUUCACACCCCGAGCUGUGCCUCUUCUGUCUCCGUCCUCACCCCUCUGGCCUCACAGCACGGCCUACAGCUCCUACAGCACCAGCUUCUCCAACAGCAGCAGCAGACGCAGGUGGCCGUAGCCCAGGUGCAGCUCCUGAAGGACCAGCUUGCAGCAGAGACCGUUGCACAUAUUGAAUCUCAGGCCCGAGUUCGCCAGCUGCUACUGACCAAUCGUGACUUGUUACAGCACAUCGCGCUGUUGGUGAAACAACUGAAGGAGUUGGAAAUUAAAUCCGACCUAAAGUUUUCUGGCAAUAAUCACUCAUUGCAUAAUUUGGCCAUUGCCCAGUCGCUUUCACUGAACCUCAAGAACCUGUACAGCCUGGAAAUAAACCUUCCCGCCACCUCCACACCAGCCCCGUUGCAAAACAACACUGCCACCACGUAUGCCAUGAAUGUAAACAACAUGGGUGAUUCUUACCUCAAUCUUAUCAAUCUGAAGAAGGAACAUGACCCCACAAUGGGUACCGAUGAGAAGGAGGUGGUCAGUCGGAAGGUGGAGGGGUCAGAGGUCACUGCAGACCAAACUGAAGAAGACAAGCUUCUUCACUCCAUCCCGAAGCUAAUUCCUCCUCCUCCUCCAAUCUCCAGAAAGAGAUCCUCCAAGAUCUUAUCGGGCUCAGUUAAUGAAUCUACGGAGAAUGUGACCAUACCAACCAGCCUCAACCUGACCAGUUUCACCACCAUCACUUCUUGUUCUAUAACACCCAUUGAGAUGGAAGAGAUAAGCCCAUCAUUUAGAAACUCUUAUUUCCCUGGCCUUGAAAACAGUGAACUGUCCCCAAUAAAGGGGAGGCUUGUCCACCAGGAAUCCAAUGAGGGGACCUUCCACUCCAUCACCAGCAGUUACGACAACCUGGAAGACACACCAACCAUUGUGCCUGAGACGCCUCCAUGUAAUGGAUUGAUUAAGUCACUGAAUGUGGAGGCCACCCUCCCCUUCUCCUCUGCCAAUGACACCUGUCUUCAUAUCAGCUUCUCUGAGGAUGAGUUUCCUGACAUGGGUGUGGAUGAUCAUCUAGAAGUUCACAAGCAAUGGCGGCUUAUUACAAAUGGCAAUUAGCAGAUGCUGCAAUAUUAUCAACUGGUGAUAUGUAGAAAGUAACACGUAUUUAAUAGAAGGUGACAUACAAGAAA